AUGACCGGCUCAGCGGGGGUGUACAUCGUCUUUGUGGUGAUGGUAGCCACAUUUUUCAACCUGCUGUUCCUGAUGCUCACGCUGCGCGUGGUUUGCACGCGGCUGAGGUGGCGAGGGCAGCCGCAUGAAGCUGCACAGUCGGACGCAGAGCGCCCCAGCCUGCCGCCAGUCGCCCCCACAGUUGUCCUGCAGCCCGACAACGAGGCAGAACAAAUUACAAAUCAAUGCGUGGCUUUUGAGCAUGGGCGGUUGCAUGCGCAGGUGAUGUUUGCGCGGAAGCUGGCGGAGCCAGGGGCAGCGCAGGAAGAGGCAGGGGUGGACGCAAAGGAAAUUGGGCCCAAGACAGAAGCUCAGGGCAGUCAGAAACUGCUCAACUUCUGGGUGGCUUCUCUGCCAGAGCAGUCUCAGCCAGAGGGGCACCAAGCUGAACGGUAA